AUGGCCGAGGCAAUAGGCACAGCAAUAGGCGUAGUAGGUUUUCUAGGCCAGCUCUUCGACGGCUGCGUCAAAGCCUACGGCUACUUCUCCGCGGCCGCCAACCUCGACGCCGACUCGCAGCGGCUGCUGUGCAAGGUGCGCAUCGAGGAGAUGCGCCUCGUCGUCUGGGGCCGCGGGUGGGGCGUGGCCGAGGGCCGGCUGGAGGCGCACCUGAACGGGUUCAGUCGCGAGGCGGGCGAUCCGCGGAUGGCCGGGUUGGCCGAGGGGAUCAUGAGGGAGUUGCACGCUACCGUUACGGACUUUGGGAGGUUGAGGGAGAGGUAUGGGUUUGUGGAGGAUGGUGGUGGUGGUGGUGCUGAUGGAGGGAAUGGGAAGUUGGGUGCCGCCGGUGGUGGUGAUGGUGAGAAGGGAGGAGAGGGGAAGAGGAGGGAUUGGAGGAAGGAGAUUUCGAGGAGGGCCAAGUGGGUUAUUGCUGACUUCAACGACGGCCUGGAACAACUCUUCCCACCCCGCCUCCUCCCCUCCCUCCACCGCUCCUGGCGCCACUCCCUCCUCGACUCGGCCCACCGCGACGUAGCCCAGCUCGCCCUCCUCGAGUCCUCCUCCGCAGACUCCUACCCGCAGCUCACCGCCUCCGCCAACCUCAAAAAGCUGCGCAUCAACCUCGACGCCGAGCCCCAAGCCUCCUUCCGCCCGACGUUCGCCUUCCGAAUCCCCCGUACGGACCUCGAUCUCAGCUACUCGCCAACAACGACGCCCUUACUCUCACCACCGUUACCGACGUCCCCUACCCCCAGCACCAAACGCCGCAACUCCUCCACCGCGAAGGCAGCCUCAUCGCCCUCCUCAUCCUCCCUGAACCUCCUCUCCCUGACACCAUCAACAACAACGACAAACACAGCCCGCACACACGCAACACAUACAACCCACGGCCCAGUCCUCGUAGAAUGGGUCGAAUACGAUCCCUCCUCGCCCGACGAACGUUUCCUCCACCUCCGCCGCCUCGACGACCUCGCCCGCAUGAUGCACUCGGCCUCCUCCAACCACCCGGACCUGCACACGAUAGACUGCGUAGGCUACACCGACGACGCGAACAACGCCCGCUACGGCCUCGUCUACCGCUGUCCCUUGCUCUCUCAACCAUCCCUACCCGCGGCCUCCCUGCCCAUAAAGACCAAAACCAAGACCAAGACCCACACCGUGGCAGUAGCAGCAGCAGAAUCACCACAGCCACUACCAGCAACAUCCCACUCAACUCUCCACACCCUGAUCUCCUCCCCUGACCUCAAAACACCAGACCUAGACGAUCGCAUAAGCCUCGCAUCAACCCUUGCCUGCGCCCUCUGGUCUCUCCACUCGCUAGACUGGCUCCACAAGUCCCUCUGCAGCGCAAACAUUCUCUUCUUCCCCUCCGCCGCCUUCCUCGCCGCAAUCCGCGCCACCACCGUCUCCGCCGCCGUCGUCCCGGACAUCGGAUCCCCAUACCUCGUCGGCUUCGAUGCCUCACGCCCAGACUUUGACGCCGAGAUGAGCGUCAACCCACGGAACCCCAGCAUCCUCGACCUCCACAGGGACCCACGGUCGCUGAGCUCCGGCCUCGGGAGGAAGCAGUACUGCAAGGGCUAUGAUGUGUACAGCUUGGGGCUUGUAUUGUUGGAGAUUGGGCUGUGGAAGGUGCUGCAGACGUACUACAAGCCACAUUACUCGGCGGAGAAAUGGAGGGAUAGGGUCAUCUUGCCAGUUUUGGUUCCAGGACUGGGGAGCAAGACCGGAAAGCUGUACAAGCAAGUCGUUGAGAAGUGUCUGACGGCCAAGGAUGACAUGUCUAGCAGCGAGGCUGGGCAACUCAUGGAGUGGGUGGUCACAACGCUAGAAAGCAUACGCACAUAG